AAUUUAAUAAAAAGUGAUUGUAGGAUUAAACACACAUAAACCACAGAAUGAAGUUAUACAAAUAUACAAAUUAUCAAAUCAUUUCAUGAUAAUGGAAAGAGCUUUUUUACAUACAUAUGUAUAUAUACACAUACAUACACACAUAUCUAUAAGUUUCUAGAUUUUGAUUCUAGCAAGUAUUUAAACUAUGAAACAGGUGAUUUUUUUUAACCAAGAUUAAUAUAACAAAUAUUUAUUGAAGGCCAACUAUUUGCCAGCCAUAGAGUCAAAACCAAUGCCAGUUUAACUUUGUUAACAUAAACCUAUUAUUGGUAUUGACUUGAUUUACACUUUUUGUAAAGGUUAUUAUGUGUUGUAAAAAAAUGCAUGAAUUUUAAUCAUAGAACAAAUUCAAGGAAUAUGUAUUUGCCAUGUUUUAGCCAAUAUAUGUGAAGAGAAGUAAAAUUUCUUUUUACAAUUUGUCAUUGAAAUAAAUGCUGACAAGAUCCAUUAUAUACAUUUAUAAUAUACUCUCAGAUUAUAAAUCUGAAUAGGUUUAUUAAUGUUUUGUAACUAGAUUUUAAUUGUUAAGGUCAACAUUAAAUGACUGUUCAAAAUAGUAGUGGUAGCAUAUGAACCUGUCACUUUUUUCUACUUAAGCCCCUUCCCCCCCUACAUUAAGUACCAAUGCAUUUAAGAUAACAUGUACUUUUAAAUAUAUUAAAAAUUAAGUAUGUUAUUGUGAUGGUUAAUAUUGAGUGUCAACUUGAUUGAAUUGAAAGAAGCAAAGUAUUAUCCUUCAGCGUGUCUGUGAGGGUGUUGACAAAGGAGAUUAACAUUUGAGUCAGUGAACGGAGAGAGGCAGACCCACCCUUAAUGUGUAGGCACCAUCUAAAUAGCUACCAGCACAGCUAGAAUAAAGUAGGCAGAAAAAGAAGCAAGGAUUAUACUUGCUCAGUUUUCCAGCCUUCAUCUUUCUCCCGUGCUGGAUGCUUCUUGCCCUCAAACAUCAGACUCCAAAUUCUUCAGCUUUUGGACACUUGGACUUACACCAGUGGUUUGCCAGUGGCUCUCAGGCCUUAGGCCACAGGCUGAAGGCUGCACUGUUGUCUUCCCUACUUCUGAGGUUUUGGGACUUGGACUGAUCCACCAUUGGCUUCCUUGCUCCUCAGUUUGCAGAUGGCCUGUCGUGGAAUAUUACCUUGCGAUCAUGAGUCAAUUCUCCUUAAUAAACUCCCUUUCAUAUAUACAUAUAUUUUAUUAGUUCUGUCCCCCUAGAGAACGCUGACUAAUACAGUUAUUAUUGUUCUUAAUCUCCAGCUUGAAACUAGGCAUCUUUUCUCCUUGUUUGUCAUGGGUACACUCUGACAUUUCAGUUCAAAGUCACCCAUCUCUAUUAGAAUCUGCCAGCUCCUAGUUCCUCUGUUUCAAACCUGCAGCAAUGUUCUGCCAGCCUUUUGUCAGUCACUUUAUUCAAAUAACUUGUGUUAGUAGCAGGGCUGCAAUAUCUAUUGCAAUUUCAUUACAGAAACGUAAGAUGAGCAAGCAGAAAUUCAAGGAAAACUGAAAAGUUUCCUCCCUGGUGGUGACUAAAGUUACCCUGAAGCAAACAAAAUUGGACCAAGACAUACUGUCUGGGGGUCCAUGGCUUCUUUCCUUAUGAACUCAGUUUUAGAAACAGUGGAGAAUGGUUGCCAAUUUAAGGGCACCAGAGAGUAGGAAUGUGUAUUCAAGCCAGACUGUCUGAGUUCAAAUCCUUGCUGGGUCAGUCAAUUUCCAUGUGAUCUUAGGCAAGCUGUAUAAUUCUUUGGGCCUUGGUUUUCCCAUUUGUAAAAUGGAGAUAAUAAUAGUUUAUAUCUCAUAGCUUUGCUGUGAGGAUUUAAUAAGUUAACAUUUGUGUUUAGCACAGCACUGGAGAAAUAGCAGAUUGGAGGAACUACAGAAGUCCUAACAUUGCUGUGGUUCUGAAAAAGCAGCAACUUGAGGAGCUCUUGAAAACCUAAAUAGUAUUUAAGGCCAAGAGUAUCUGUCUAUUGUCAGGGUCACCAGAAAAAAAUGUGAGAAGCAACUUCGAGGUAAUGCUGCAUUUCAGCAUGCUUUACCCCAAAUGGAAACGUAGAGAACCCAGGCAGGCCAUGUUUUCCAAAGAGCAGGGGAUCAACUUGUUCUUGAUGGGAGGUUUAAAUCUUAGGAAAACCAUAAAUAAGGCCACAGUCAUGGACUUUGAACACUAAAUCAGAUGAAAUAACUUGUAACUUCUUCCAUGUAAUCACAAAAGCUGGAAAACAUUUAUUAGUAAUUUAAAGACGAUUACCCAAUUGACAUUGUUUUUGAAAAAAGAUAUUAAAAAUUUAUUAAACUAUAAUUUUAUUGUUAAUUAUUUGAAUUCAAGAAGAUUAUUAUGGUCACUUCUAUGAGAUUUAGUUAAUCUCCACUUCUUUCUACCCUGUAAUUUUAUUAGUUAUCUUAAGACAGUUUCAAAUUAUUUCAUCAAUCUUCAUCUUUGCUUUUAAUUUAUGCAGCAGAAUUUACUUGUUCAUUGGUAUGAGUAAUUUUCAAUAUUUUGCCAAACAGCCUGUGGCAACAAAACACAAGUUGCAUAUAUUAGACUUUUCUUUUUGAGUGCAAUGCAACAAAAACAAAUUAUGCUGCAAACCCAACUUCAUUGAACUGCAGGCAGUCAUAACUAAUUAAAAAUACUUUUAAAACAUCUGUAUGAAAACAAAUUUGACCAACAUAUUUGGGAGGCAAAUAGUAGAGCAAAGCAUAUCUUAUGACUAUAAUAAUUUUUAGUUGUACUUUACUGUUAUUUAUGUUUUUUAUCUCCCUACUCUGACAAAAUGCUUUAUAUAUCAUUCAGUCCAUCUUGUUCUAGAACCUACUAUAUUUGAAACCCAAUAAAUAGUUGUAGACCAAUUUUCUUACUGUUAUAUACUCAGAUUAUGCCUUAAAGUUCACCCUACAAGUAAACUUUCCAUCAAUUUCAUAGUGUUGUGAAAACUCUCUAGUAGCUCAGAACGUUCUUGGUGGUCUCAAUGUAUUAAAAGUAUGCAGUCAGAUACUGAUGUCUCUGAGUCCUGUAGACAGCUAACAAAGCUGAAGCCCACAGGCUAGUGAGCACCAGCUGAGAACAACUUUCUAUAGGCUUUGUGGGAAGCCCAAGAGAGACAGGAUCUGAGAUGUGAUGAUAUGUCCUCUGGCAGCAGCAAUAUCUGAUAUCGAGCUCUGCUAGGUGGUGCUGAGUGUGGCCUCUGAGGUGUCUUAUUGUCUGGACACCUGCUUCCUUCACCGGCUGCAGAGAACACAGUAUCCAUUAAAGGAGCUGAAGGAGGUGCUAGAGGAGUUUACAUGGCAGGAGUCCAGGAAGCUCUGCAACAGUCCAAAAUGAGGUUGGGACACAUGAUACACUUGUUCGUCCCUAUUCUCUACCUUCACACAUAUGCAUAUCAGUCCUUCCGUGGCUGCUAUAUUCUUGUGGUGGGAUCCAAUCCAGCUGCAGUCUUGCUCUCCCAAUGCAUGCUCAUUCUGCAAAUCAGAGCUUCAACGUAUUGCUAUGAAAAAUUCUGACUGGUCUUGAAAUCCAUUGACACCAUCACAAGAAAAUUCAACAUGACAUCGUCAUGAACAGAAACGGAUGAUGGCUUCAUAUUCUUAAAUAUAAUUUCCAACUAUGGUGAAAUUUUGAAUGGUUGUAAAAACUGUUUUUGCAUUUUUAUACCUCACUUAUUUUGUUAAUGGAGACUGUCUAGAGUUUGAAGUAAUUCUUACCAGAAAGUCCAUCAGUAAUUAUUUCAAAUAUAAAACUGAUAUCUAAAAAUUGAGUUAAUGAAAAUAAACUCAAAUUUUUCAUAAAAAUAUGAAAUUAUACGGAACUUUAUGUACAUGGAAAGUGAAUAAUUUCUAUUAUUUUUCUAUUUGAUAUUUAUCAUAUUUAUGUAAUUAAAAACACAAUUAAAUUUUAAAUUAAAUUAAACUGAGCUCCAGGAAGACUUAUCAUUUUCUCUGAACCAUGACUCUGAAAAUUUGGAAAGCACCGUACAAGAGGGAUUUUCAGUGAUUCACAGGAGUGCAAGAUUCUGCAAAGUACUUUCAAAACUGAGCGUGAGGUCUUUGCUACUGCCUUUAUGGCAUGCAAAUCACUCAGCCUCAACUCAGUUCCUUCCUCCAAUGUAAAAAUACUACAAGAACAUCUCACGCUUCCAUCAAAUGGGACCAAGUGUGAUAUUUUACACUGGACUACACAAUAGGCUGGAAAAGUGAUCCGCAGAGAGUCUCAUGGCUGUAAGUUCACUCCCUGUACCAACUGUCUUGCACAAAGCUGCCACCCGGGUGUCUUCUUCCAACAUUUCCCCUAGUUGGACUUCAAAGUUUCCUUCUUGCAGCCUGUGCGGGGACCAAGAGGCCGGUCUAGAGCAGCCGCCCAGCAUCGGGAUCCGACCUCCUUUUCCCUUUCCUCAGGAAGACUUGGAUGCGCGCCAGCCCAGCCCGGGUCUCCAGGUUCAGCUGCGGAAGCUUCCCACAUGGUGCCCGUCGCUUGGGAUGCGGCUGUCCUUGUGCCUUCUCUGCAGGUGUCCCGGCAGGUAGAGGAGGAGACCGGUGGCUGGUGUUCCUGCAGGGCGGGGCUGGGGCUCCUCGAUAUCCUUGAGCUCGCCUUGCAGGUUCUGCGCCCCAGGCCCCGGCAGGGACGGAAACAGGCCGGGAAGCAGUGACACCUGGGGCAGUCAGUCAUCCAGGAGCCGCCGCCACCCGCCCCACCCCCAGUCUCCGCCGGAGGUGUUUGUCUUCGCCUCUGUUCCCGGCUCUUUCUGUUUCACUUUUCUUUUCGCCGGGGGUUGGGACUCCGGGUGGCAGGCGCCCGGGGGAAUCCCAGCUGACUCGCUCACUGCCUUCGAAGUCCGGCGCCCCCCGGGAGGGAACUGGGUGGCCGCACCCUCCCGGCUGCGGUGGCUGUGGCCCCCCACCCUGCAGCCAGGACUCGAUGGAGGUACAGAGCUCGGCUUCUCUGCCUUGGGAGGGGAGUGGUGGUGGUUGGAAGGGCGAUGGAAUUUUCCCCGAAAGCCUACGCCCGGGGCCCCUCCCAGCUCCAGUGCUACCCUCCGGUCUAUCCUACUGGCCGGACUGCCCCGCCCUCUCAUGGGGAAAACUUAGCCGCAACUUCAAUUUUUGGUUUUUCCCCUAAUGACACUUUAAUGACACUUCCUAGGCUCUCCUCGCCAUCCUCCCGCUUCCGGAGGAGCGCAGAUCGCAGGUCCCUUUGCCCCUGGCGUGCGACUCCCUGCUGCGCUGCGCUCUUACGGCGUUCCAGGCUGCUGGCUAGCGCAAAGCGGGCCGGGCACCCUGCGCUCCGCUGGGAGGGUGAGGGACGCGCGUCUGGCGGCCCCAGCCAAGCUGCGGGUUUCUGAGAAGACGCUGUCCCGCAGCCCUGAGGGCUGAGUUCUGCACCCAGUCAAGCUCAGGAAGGCCAAGAAAAGAAUCCAUUCCAAUAUAUGGCCAUGUGGUUCUUUGGAGCAAUGUUCCAUCAUGUUCCAUGCUGCUGACAUCACACGGAGCACAGAAAUCAAUGUUAGCAGAUAGCCAGCCCAUACAAGAUCGUAUUUUAUUGUAGGAGGCAUCGUGGAUGGAUGGCUGCUGGAAACCCCUUGCCAUAGCCAGCUCUUCUUCAAUACUUAAGGAUUUACCGUGGCUUUGAGUAAUGAGAAUUUCGAAACCACAUUUGAGAAGUAUUUCCAUCCAGUGCUACUUGUGUUUACUUCUAAACAGUCAUUUUCUAACUGAAGCUGGCAUUCAUGUCUUCAUUUUGGGCUGUUUCAGUGCAGGGCUUCCUAAAACAGAAGCCAACUGGGUGAAUGUAAUAAGUGAUUUGAAAAAAAUUGAAGAUCUUAUUCAAUCUAUGCAUAUUGAUGCUACUUUGUAUACGGAAAGUGAUGUUCACCCCAGUUGCAAAGUAACAGCAAUGAAAUGCUUUCUCUUGGAGUUACAAGUUAUUUCACAUGAGUCCGGAGACACAAGUAUUCAUGAUACAGUAGAAAAUCUUAUCAUCCUAGCAAACAACAGUUUGUCUGCUAAUGGGAAUGUAACGGAAUCUGGAUGCAAAGAAUGUGAGGAAAUGGAGGAAAAAAAUAUUAAAGAAUUUUUGCAGAGUUUUGUACAUAUUGUCCAAAUGUUCAUCAACACUUCUUGAUUGCAGUUGAUUCUUUUAAAAGUGUUUCUGUUAUUAACAAACAUCACUCUGCUGCUUAGACAUAACAAAACACUCAGCAUUUCAAAUGUGUUGUCAAAACGUUUUUCUGUCAAGAAGAUGAUCAGACCUUGGAUCAGAUGAACUCUUAGAAAUGAAGGCAGAAAAAUGUCAUUGAGUAAUAUAGUGACUAUGAACUUCUCUCAGACUUACUUUACUCAUUUGUUUUUAAUUUAUUAUUGAAAUUGUACAUAUUUGUGGAAUAAUGUAAAAUGUUGAAUAAAAAUAUGUACAAGUGUUGUUUUUUAAGUUGCACUGAUAUUUUACCUCUUAUCGCAAAAUACCAUUUGUUUAAGGGUGAUAGUCAAAUUAUGUAUUGGUGGGGCUGGUUACCAAUGCUGCAGGUCAACAGCUAUGCUGGUAUGCUCCUGCCAGUGUGGAACCACUGACUACUGGCUCUCAUUGACUUCCUUACUAAGCAUAGCAAACAGAGGAAGAAUUUGUUGUCAAUAAGAAAAAGAAGAACUAUAUGUGAAUCCUCUUCUUUACACUGUAAUUUAGUUAUUGAUGUAUAAAGAAACUGUUAUGAAAUAAAGAAAUUGCAAUAACUGGCAUAUAAUGCCCAUCAGUAAAUCUUGGUGGUGGUGGCAAUAAUAAACUUCUACUGAUAGGUAGAAUGGUGUGCAAGCUUGUCCAACCAUGGAUUGGAGGCCACAUGCAGCCCAGGACAACUUUGAAUGUGGCCCAACACAAAUUCAUAAACUUUCAUACAACUCAUUUUUAGCUCAUCAGCUAUCAUUAGUGGUAGUGUAUUUAAAGUGUGGCCCAAGACAAUUCUUCUUAUUCCAGUGUGGCCCAGGGAAAUCAAAAGAUUGGAUGCCCCUGAUACAGAAAACUAAUAGUGACAGUGUUUAUAUUUCAUGCUUUCCCAAAUACAGGUAUUUUAUUUUCACAUUCUUUUUGCCAUGUUUAUAUAAUAAUAAAAAAAAACCCUGUUGAUUUGUUGGAGCCAUUGUUAUCUGACAGAAAAUAAUUGUUUCUAUUUUUUGCACUACACUGUCUAAAACUAGCAAGCUCUCUUCUAAUGGAACUGUAAGAAAGAUGAAAUAUUUUUGUUUUUUAAUAAAUUUAUUUUACCUUAA